CCUGAAUUCACCCCUUUUCAUGUCGAUCGAGGAAGGGGAAGGGUUCAGCCAGCUAGCCUUCUAGCUAGCCAUCCGUCCAGGAAGACGGGUCCAAUUCUCAGCUAGCUAGCUAGCUUGCUACUCAAAUCUUUACAGUAGGAAAAUGGCGGCGGGUAACGUCAACCCGUUUAAUCUGAGUGAUUCUGAAGAUGAGGCAGACCAGAGAGCAGAGGACGGUGUUCACAUCGAAAAGAGCCCUAGCGUUGGAACGCAAGGCCCCUCGUCCAACAACCCAUUCUCUCCGCAAGCGGACGCCGAGCCCCCGGCCCUUUUAGUGUCCAGCACCCGGACCAGCCCCAGUGUGGAAGGCAUCUCGGUAUCGGUCGCAGCUGCGGCUAUGACAGUUGCCUUGGCAGAGACCCGGGUCUCGGUAGAUGUGAUCGCUGCUCAGUUAAUACGGGAUCAUUACAUCCUCACGGCCCUUGAGUUUCAUACCGAACUGUUGGAAUCAGGGAGGGAGCUUCCGCGGUUGCGUGAUUAUUUCUCCAACCCGGGCAACUUCGAGAGGCAAACCGGCACUCCGCCCGCUUGUAAAGAACAAGGACUGGGACCAGGGGGACCGCUAAACCGAGCGGGCAGCAUCAGCACAUUGGACUCUCUAGACUUCGCUCGUUACUCUGACGACGGGAACCGGGAGUCGGACGAGAGGGUGGCAGUGCUGGAGUUUGAGCUACGGAAAGCCAAGGAGACCAUUCAGGCUCUACGCACCAACUUGACUCAGGCAGCAGAAAGCGACACUCAGGAGAGAAACAAGAACUACAGUUCACAUCCUGAGACUCAGGAACCUAUCCGCCCACUAGAGAAGCGAGCCUUAAAUUUCCUUGUGAAUGAAUAUUUAUUAAAGAAUGAAUACAAACUGUCGGCCAUCACCUUCUCUGAUGAAAAUGAUGACCAGGACUUUGAGUUGUGGGACGACGUGGGCUUGAACAUUCCAAAGCCUCCCGACCUAUUACAGAUCUACAGGAACUGUGGCUCCGCCCUUCCGUCGCCGCGGAAUACCGUGGACGUAGCCGUGGGAGUGGAGUCAGGCGAGCUCACUGGGAACUACAUUACCCAGAAAUCUGAUCUCUUACAGCAGCAGCAGACGGAGGUAGUUGAGGAGUUGGAGUAUCAGAUUAGUCUACUGAAUGAGGAGAAACAGAGUCUGGCCGACUAUAUCAAGAAACUACAGAGUGAGAUCCAAAGCCUGAGAAGGACAGUGUCCCCCCCUCCUCAUGACCAGGGCUCACAGCCAAACCCCCCCUCCUCCUCCAACCCUCCCCAGCCCCUUCUGGACAACGGUCAGUACCUGGAUAUCAGGGGCGCCUCAGAACCUGAUAAACCCCCACUGAGAGCACCCCCCACUCAGACCAUCAGUAACCCUACACACACCUCUUCACAACCCCAUGCCAAGCUAAAGAGCAGAGGGACGGUGGUGUUUGACCAGCCCAACAGGAAGUUAUCCCCUGCAUUCCAGCAGGCCCUGCUGUCCUUCUGUAAGAUGUCAGCUGACAGUCGUCUGGGUGCAGAGGUGUCGAGGAUAGCAGACAAUGAGGAGAGUGUGAUGCUGAUGUUGGGUCGCUGUCUCCCUCACAUCGUCCCCAAUGUCCUCCUGGCCAAACGAGAGAGAAUGGUUGCACACCUGUGCCAGGAGUUGAUUCCUCUCAUCCUAUGUACAGCGUGUCUCCACCCGGAGCCUAAAGAGAGAGACCAGCUCCUCCACAUCCUCUUCAACCUCAUCAAGAGACCUGACGACGAACAGAGGCAGAUGAUCCUAACAGGUUGUGUGGCGUUUGCCAGACAUGUUGGUCCUACCAGAGUUGAGGCUGAACUCUUACCACAAUGCUGGGAACAGAUCAACCAUAAGUAUCCAGAGAGGAGGUUGUUGGUAGCAGAAGCCUGUGGAGCCUUAGCACCUUACCUGCCUAAGGAGAUCCGUAGUUCCCUGGUGUUGUCCAUGCUGCAACAGAUGCUGGCUGAAGACAAAGCAGACAUGGUCAGAGAGGCUGUGGUCAAAAGCCUCGCUAUCAUCAUGGGAUACAUUGACGACCCUGACAAGUACUCCCAGGGUUUCGAGCUGAUGUUGCUGUCCCUUGGUGACCCAUCUGAGAGGGUGGUCAGUGCUAUCCACCAGGUGUUCAUCCCAGCAUUCGCUGCCUGGACCACAGAGCUGGGAAACCUCCAGACCACUCUCAUCCCCUCUCUACUGGCCCGCAUUGAGAAACUACUGAAGCAGGGAGAACAUGGUCUUGAUGAACACAAGCUCCACAUGUUCCUGUCUGCCCUCCAGUCUCUCAUCCCUCCUCUGUUCUCUGUGGUGAUCCAGAACGCUCCCUUCACACACAGAGUUAACCUGCAAGGAGACAUUCCCCCCAUAGAGGUGACGCGGUUCCCUCGUCCGGCGUCUCCUCUGCAGGAUAUAGCGACUAUCGUUGGCAGCCGGGAGACGCUGAGCGCCCUUCUCAUCCUGUAUGAUUACCAGCUAGAACAUGAGGGCACCACAGGCUGGGACAGCCUGCUAUGGGUGGUCAACCAACUUCUUCCCCAGCUGAUAGACAUAGUAGGUCGUAUUAACGUAGCCUCCACUACGUGUGUCCAUGAGUUCUCACGUUUCUUCUGGAGACUCUGUCGCACAUUUGGCAAGAUCUUCACAAACACGAAGGUAAAACCACAGUUCCAAGAGAUCCUACGGCUCUCUGAAGAGAAUGUGGAUGCUUUAACUGGGAAUGGUAUUCUGACCAAGGCUACUGUCCCCAUUUAUGCUACAGGGGUACUGACAUGCUACAAUCAGGAUGAGGAUCGUAAGCUGCUUGUUGGUUUUCUAGAGGACGUCAUGACGACACUGUCUCUCUCACAUGCCCCCCUGGACAGCCUCAAAGCCUCCUUUGUAGAGCUGGGGGCUAACCCAGUGUACCAUGAGUUGUUACUGACAGUGCUAUGGUACGGAGUGGUCCAUACCUCCGCUCUAGUUCGCUGUACCGCCGCACGCAUGUUUGAGCUGCUGGUGAAGGGGGUGAAUGAGACGCUGGUGGCUCAGAGGGUGGUGCCUGCUCUCAUCACGCUCUCCAGCGACCCUGAGAUUUCAGUUAGGAUCUCUACUAUCCCUGCCUUUGGUACCAUCAUGGAGACGGUCACGCAAAAAGAGCUGUUGGAGCGUGUGAAGAUGCAGCUGGCAUCGUUCCUGGAAGACCCACAGUACCAGGACCAACACUCUCUACACAUGGAGAUCAUCAGGACCUUUGGCCGGGUCGGACCCAACGCUGAGCCACGCUUCAGAGACGAGUUUGUGCUGCCUCACCUCCACAAACUAGCGUUGGGUAACAACGUCCAGGCUACAGAGAGUAAGAGGAUAGACAUUGCUACUCAGCUGUUUGAGGCCUACAGCGCUCUCUCCUGUUGCU